AUGAUUCAGAUUCAUUACUUAUACGUUUUGUUGCCAAAAGAUGGCGUCCAUGGAAACCUGUCAAAGAAAAUCUUCCUCAGAACCUUUGCCGAGGACGAUCACGAAUGUUGCCAUCACGCAGGCAAACCACAGCAAGUUCUUGUCCGUCGAGAAUCGAAUCCAGCCCGAGCGAAGCCCCGAAUCACAGUCAAAGGAGAGCAGGUCCAUUAUGUGGAGCAUCAGCAAGGCCACCAGCACUCGACUUCCAAAUCUGCGAAUCAAUUUGUUAUCCCUCAAGCCAGCGACGAUGAUAACGAGAUCAUUCUCGAGCAAGUCCAGGACAAGAGAGGCAACGUUAUUUAUUACGGCGAUGGGCAGGCGUCAUCACAGCCACCUAUCAACACCGCGCCAGAUGGAAAUUAUGACGGCAGUUUGAUAACAACAGGAGGUUACAGAGUGGAGACCCUCGAGGAAAUCAAAGCCAAAGUGUCGCAGGAAUUCACAACUCAAGACGACGAUGAAUACAGCGAUGAUGACCGGUUGGUGAUCGACCAGCUCGCAGAGGAGGACACUCCUCAGAGCGAAGCUACUUCUACAAAGUAUCGCUUCCCAUCCGGCCCGUACAUCGAGACCGACUCCGAAGCAACACCGACCAAGCCCAAACACAUCCCCGUCGAUACCUCAGAUGAUGAAAGCAUGCCCGAUCUUGAAGAUGCGGCUGAAGAAAUGCCUCUCUUAGAACCGCUUCCAGAACUCGACGACAUUGGAGCGCUAGAAACACAGUCCACGAUCCAAUCCGAGAUUCGAAAGCGCAAAUCCCUCCCAGCCGGAUCUGGGAGCCUCUCACCGGUCAAACGCCAACGACGCGGAAUUCGCCGCAGUCAAUCCACCACUGAAGCGCGUCAAAAUCCAAAAUCGAGUGCGUCUAAUCGACUUACUUCGUUGAUCGAAAAAACGCGUGAGAUCUGCGAGAAUCCAACGAGUCAGCCAAGCCAAAAGAAACGAAAGGUCUUGACCAAACGAUCGCCCAAAAAGCGCCAGAGAUCUGAGUCUGCCUCAAGUUCCGAAGACGAAGCUCAUCCAGAAGUGUUCCACCCAAGCAGCAGUCACUCUCGCCAGGGCCACAACCCGACAAAAAUGCAUGCAAAGGCAAAACAUCAGCGCAUUCGGUCAGACCCCGAGCUGCCUCGAAACUCGACAACGCCCGUCCUGAGGCCAGAGCCCUGCGCGAAUGAGUCAAGGAUUGACUCUGACCGAGGUGGAUCAAGCUCAGACGGCAUUCCCGACCUUUCACAAACCGCCAUGCGAAAGAGGCGUCGAAUUCUCGACCAACUGAAGGACACGCCUGAAUUCGAGAAUGCGCGUCUCUCUGGUGGUGGCCGAGCACGCCGAACAGCAGCUGGUCGACCUGCCCGUUCCGCCGCGCGGACAGCAUCAGAGAAGACCAAACAAAAUCUCAACGACGAAAAAGGACGACUGAAGCCUAUCGUCGUGGAAAAGACAGAAAAAGUCAAACAGGAGAAAAAAGAAGUCAAGUCGGAGUUCGCCGAACCAAAGCCAAAGCCAGGACCAACUCGACGACAACGACGACCGAGCAAAAAGACCAGGAGAAAAUCCGAUCACUACGUCGACAAUCACGGUUGGGAGCCCGUCGGUGUUUGCGAAAAUCGAUGCAUACUGAAACCGGGCGAGAACACCUACAUCGACCGCGUAAGCUUCGACACCGUCCGGAACGUCAACACCGACCGAGUGGUUAAUCGACUGGACUCGGUAGCCAUCUACGCGGGCGAAGAUGAGCCUCCUAUGUAUGCCAUUAUCGUCGAUUUGUACCGGGAAACUUCUGGGCAGAUCAUGGCCUGGGUGUAUUGGUAUUACAAACGCGAAGACGCUGAAGCUCCUAGCAGUACCUACGUCGCUGGAGAGCAGGAACUUCUUGCCAGCCGCCACCACGACAGCAUCUCGAUCGCGUCCCUUCUUCGUUCGUUCCACACUCUUACCUACUACGAGUACCGCCGUUGGCGCGCACAGGGCGCCCACGAAGGUGCUAACAACUACAGUUCCUCUGAUGAAAAUCACGUGACGGUGAAAAAAGAAGAGGACAUUCCCAGUCUAAAUGGGGAGAGUGCAAGUUGGGAGCGAAAACCAAGUGACCGAGAACCAAGGACCAAUUUCAACUUCAUCAAACCUGGCGACGAAGUUUUCUUUGUGAGGAGGUUCUACGAUCACUCGACGCGCUCGAUCGUCAUCACCCCGUCUUUCCUGAAAGACAAGUCCGAAAGUUCAACAGUGACUCGUCCUCGAUCCCGCCGAUUACGACGACCUGCUAACACUGAAAUGCUGCAUCCCACAUCCUAA